AUGUAUAUAAUAUAUAUAACACAGUCUAUUCAUAUCUAUCUAUCUAUCUAUCUAUCUAUCUAUCUAUCUAUCUAUCUAUCUAUCAGUCUGUUCUUUAUCUAUCUGUCCAUCUUUCUAUCUCACAAUCUAUCUAUCUAUCUAUCUAUCUAUCUAUCUAUCUAUCUAUCUAUCUAUCUAUCUCUGUUGAUUAUCUAUCUAUCUAUCUAUCUAUCUAUCUAUCUAUCUAUCUAUCUAUCUAUCUAUCGAUUUCUAACUUUUCAUUAUCUAUCGAGAUCAAAGUAUUCAUUAUUUUUAAAUCUUUUCAUUACAUAUUUACCUAUCUAUCUAUUUAAUUCUUUUCAUUACUCCUUUGUGUAUCCAUCUCAAUUUGUUCAAUGCUUAUCUAUCUAUCUUUUCUCAAUCUGUUCAGUGCCUAUCUAUUUCGCUGUUGAUGAGCAAUCUAUCUAUCUCAGUUUGUUAAUUACAUCUCUAUAUGAUCAUUACCUAUCUCAAUCUAUUCAUUGCCUAUCUCCAUUCAUUAUCUAUCUAUCUAUCUAUCUAUCUAUCUAUCUAUCUAUCUAUCUAUCUAUCUAUUUAUCUAUCUAUCUAUCUAUCUAUCUAAAUCUGUUCAUUACCACUAUGUAUCAAUCUAUCUAUCUAUUAAUCUAUCUAUAUAUUUCUAUCUGUUCAAUAUCUAUCUAUCAAUCUAUCUAUCUAUAUAUCUCUAUUUGUUCAUUACCUAUCUAUCAAUCUAACUAUCUAUAUAUCGCUAUCUAUUCUUUACCUAUCUAUCAAUCUAUUUAUCUAUCUGUAUCUGUUCAUUAUCUAUCUAUCUAUCUAUCUAUCUAUCUAUCUAUCUAUCUAUCUAUCUUUUCAUUACUUAUAUAUAUAUAUAUCUGUUCAUUGCCUAUCUAUCUAUCUAUCUAUCUAUCUGUAUCUGUUCAUUAUCUAUCUAUCUAUCUAUCUAUCUAUCUAUCUAUCUAUCUAUCUAUCUAUCUUUUCAUUAUAUAUAUAUAUAUAUCUUUUGCUCAUUAUCUUUCAUAUCUAUCUAUCUAUCUAUCAUUUCAUCAUUAUCUAUCUAUCUAUCUAUCUAUCUAUCAUUUUCACAAAAAAUUCUAA